GGAUUCAGUUUCACGCCGCUUUGCAGAAGCAAACGCCGAGCGGACACGAAGGAGAGUAUGGAGACACGGAGGGGUUUGCCCGAGUGAAGGAUGUAUCUGCUGGCCCUGCUCUGCUUCCUGCAACACCCGGCUGUCCUCACCUCCUGCCCACCAUUGUGUGUCUGCACCCAUGGGAGCUCACAACUCAGGGGGGUGCACUGCAGCGACCCCAGGAUCUCAGCAGUUCCGGCCAACGUCCCAGCAGACACGGUCAAACUGCGCCUGGAACGGACUCCCAUCAGCAGGAUCCCGCGGGCGGCCUUCUACAACUUGUCAGAGCUGCUCUUCCUGUGGCUGACCUACAACUCCAUCUCGGCCGUCCAUCCCAGCAGCUUCCUCAACCUCAAGGUCCUGAGAGAGUUGCGUCUGGAUGGAAACCAGCUGGCGGCGUUCCCUUGGGAGGGACUCCGGGACAUGCCUGGUCUCCAGACCCUGGGUCUCCACAACAACCGACUGUCCAGCCUUCCGUCUCACGCUGCGCUCUUCCUCCCCAACAUCACCUACCUGGACCUGUCCAGCAACAGGUGUGGUGGCUCCUUACCAAGUCCUGACCUGUCUUGCCUUUCAGUCAACAGGUCUUCUCUCUUCAGGUUGACCACCUUGUCUGCGGAACUCUUGGAUCUUUGGUUCCCCUUCCCGGGUCAACAGAGCGGAUCAGUGCAAAGAAGAAUUCUGGGUCUCCAUGACAACCCAUGGUUGUGUGACUGCCAGAUCUCCUUGGUGGUGUCAUUGUCAAUGUCCCUGGGAACUCCCGUGGUUCUCAUGGACCAUCUGCUUACAUGCGGCAGAUCUCCGGGUCCGCUGCCUCGCUGCAUGAGACCCUCCGUCCAGCCCGUGGCCACCAGAGUCAUGUCUCCGCUGGGCAGCAACGUGAUCCUGCGUUGUGACGCCACCGGCUACCCCACCCCGACUUUGACCUGGGUCAAAACUUCAACCUACGUCGGUUGCUGUCAGCAGGACAUGGUUCGGAACAACGAAGAGCUGCCCAGGAAUCUGAAAAGUUGCAUGCAAGGAUCUCCUCGGGUUGGAGUCCGCUGGUCAGUAAUCAGCCUGGAUGCCUUGUCGUACCAGGAUGCGGGCGAAUAUCGUUGCCAAGCUCGGAACAUGGCAGGAGUAGCUGAAGCUCCCAUUAGGCUAAAGGUGGUGGGAGUCAUGCGGCUCCCCCGACUGCCAAAGAAGAAGUCCCAGAAGACGCCACCAAAGAAGUCCCAGAAGACUCCGCCAAUGAAGACGUCCCAGAAGACUCCACCAAAGUCAUCGUCCAGGAACAGACAGCUUAACAGGACGCCGAAUGCCUCUCCCACUCUUCUACUGAAGGACUACCAGGUACUACAAAUCGUUAGGUCACCUUUUCAAAGGAACUCCACAAAGCGUUCACCUGUUUCUGUUGACCAACUUCUCAAUGUAAACUUCAAGGGUCAAAAGAAAGUCACGAACAAGACCGCACCGGAGCUACCAGACAACACAACCGUUCUGACACCCAACAUGAACGUAUGACACGUCUGCGCAGGUCCUCAGUCAUCCGGGUCAUGGUCACCCGCAAAGGUUGAAACAGGGCGACUGGACUUCCAGACUUCAAACGUUGAACAGAAGUCUAUGUCGAGUUUGAAAUGUGGUUUUCAAACAAGAGUCGAGGAUCGCACUCAGGCUGUGACGCUACGUGUACCUCAACUCCCGAGCAAAAUGCGGAAAGCCUGAGAACGUAAUUCAAAACAUUCUUAUCUCAAAUCACUGAAAUCAACUUUAAUUUAAUCUGUGGUGGGCCGUCCCACAGCACCACCAUUUGAACAUGCAUCAUGUCACUUUUGCACUUGUUAUCAGUUGUGCACGCAUUCUUUGGAGGUUGCCCGCAAAACGCCCAAUAAUUGUACACGCAAUUUUUGUCGAGCACUUGUGAUCUGUCUCUUGGAUCAUACCCUGUCUGUCCGCAAAUGAACCAAACUCUGACCCUUGGACAGAAGUACGCACGUAACGGUGAGGACGCCGUGCUGUUACCGCCCUAGUUAUCUGCACCGUUACCCCCCUAGUUACCUCCAUCGUUACCCCCCUAGUUACCUCCAUCGUUCCCCCCCCCCCCCCUAGUUAACUCUACCGUUACUCCCCCCCCGUUACCUCCACUGUUAACCCCCUAGUUACCUCCACCAUUAAACCCCUUGUUACCUCUACUGUUACUCCCCUAGUUAACUCCACCGUUAACCCGGUUACCUCCACCGUUAACCCUGUUACCUCCACCGUUACCUCCACCAUUAACCCCCUAGUUACCUCCACUGUUACCCCUUAAUUAACUCCACCACUAACCCCCUAGUUACCUCCACCAUUACCCCCCUAGUUACUUUCACCAUUAACCCCCUAGUUACCUCCUCCAUUAACCCCCAGUUACCUCCAUCGUUACCCCCCUAGUUACCGCCACCUUUAACCCCUAGUUACCGCCACCUUUAACCCCCGAGUUACCUCCACCAUUAACCCCAGUUACCUCUACGGAUACUCCCCAAUUUACCUCUACCGUUACCCCCAAUUACAUCUACCGUUACCCCCUAGUUAACUCCACCGUUACUCCCCCUCGUUACCUCCACCGUUACCCCCAAGUUACCUCCACCAUUACCCCCCACCACCUCUCCCCGCUUCCUCCACCGUUCCCCCCCCAGUUUGUGCCAUCAUCUGUCAUCAGUUCACCACAUCUUCACUGCCUCCCCUGACAUAAUGUCUCACCCUUUAUGAAGUGGUCACUAAGGAGUGUGUUGUCAACGUGGAAGGGAAGGAACAAUUGGAAUGCACAGCGGUAUGUCGCCAGUCACACCUGGUAGCAAAGUGUGUGAACAAUCCACCAGAGGGGAAAAAUAAUGGGAACUCAGAACUUUCAGACCUCAGGAAGCCUUUCUGAAUAUUAGUCAAAAGUUUUCACUUACAAGGAGAAGUUUGUCUUAAUUUACCUUUCCUGAUUAUAAUCACCAAAGGAAAAAACAAUUUAAAUUGGAUCUGUAUACCAUGUGUGUAAUACA